AUGCGCGACAAAGAAGGACGUGCCUUGGUCAAUGCUCAUGUAUUGGGCUUCCUACGACGAAUUGCCAAAUUGUUGUUUUUCGGUAUCAAGCCUGUCUUUGUGUUCGACGGUGGAGCGCCUGCGUUAAAGAGGUCAACCCUGAAUGAACGGAAGAAGAAGAAGAGCGGCGCUGCAACUACACAUGUAAAGUUGGCUGAGAAGCUUCUCGCCGCUCAAAUGAGACGAGAAGCUCUUAACCAAGCUCAGAGCAAUCAAUCGAAGGGCAAGAAUCGGGAUAUACUAUUAGAUGAAAAUACAGUCUUUCUUGAAGAUAUCGAUGGCACUGCACCGAAAACUCCUGUCAGAAGGAAACCUCCUACACCUUCAUCGAGUUCGACAAAAAAGAACAAAUUUCACGACCAUGACCCAUACAAAUUGCCGGAAGUUGAUCUUGAAGAAGCCAUAACAAAAGCCACCCGAUCGGCUGCCCCUGAUCCUCGUCUAGCGACGGAAGAUGAACUUCGCACUUUCAUUGAAGAGAUGCGACCGGAAGAUUUUGACAUAAACUCUCCAGAAUUCCGAGAACUACCUACUGAGAUUCAGUACGAAAUCAUUGGCGAUCUAAGACUGAAAUCUCGCCAGACAUCCUAUGCACGACUACAGAAGAUGCUUAAAACCGCGCGGACCCCGCUUGAUUUUUCUAAGCAGCAGAUACGGAACCUUCAACAGCGCAACGCCCUCACACAGCAACUUUUGAUGACUACUGACACUAUCGGAAAAGCCAACAUUGUUAUACCAAUCCGUAUAGCGAGUGAGAGAAACAGAGAAUAUGUGCUCAUGAAGAAUGAAGGCGUAGACGGUGGAUGGAUAUUGGGUAUCAAAGACAUUGGAACCCGAGAAAAGCCUAUAGUACUUGACCAUGAAGAAGCUGAACCUGAGGAGGAAGAAGACAGUGAUGCAGACAUGGAAGAAGUUGAAAUGCCACCGCCCACCCAUGAUGAUACUAAAUUGCGUGAAUAUCAGAGGGAAAAUGCAUUGUCAGGAAUUACUCGAAGAAUUCGAGAUAAUCGCUCUAAAUUCCAACCUAUUUCGCGUAACAAAAGGUCAGCUGCCUUGAAAUCCGUUUAUGGCGACGAUGCACUCUCUCCAUCACUGCUCGAAGAAUCUGAUGAGGAUGAUAUGCUUGCGUAUGCCAUCCAAGAAUCCCUUGACCAAUCCAAAUCCAAAUGCAAAUCAACAACGAUUUCGAUUCAUGAAACUAAUUCGACUGCAGAGACAUCAACUCGCCAACAAAAUAUUUCGUUGGAAGGAGAGGAUGAUGAGGACGAUUUUUACGUGGACAGUACGCCGCGUACGCGCCUGGAAACGGCGCUUUCUUUCGCAAAUUCUGGUUCUUCUCGCGUCUUAACCACACCUCCCAAAAAUGACAACAAGCGGCCGAUGUUUGGAAGACCCGAACUCCUAACAUCUUCGAACAAUCGUAUUUCGAAAGAUGGCUUAUCACCUAGUAUCGAUGAUGACAAUAACUAUAUCAUGGAAGACAUGUCUCCCCUUAAAGCCAACAAAGACACCCAUGAUUAUAAGGCACAUACAGAAUCUCCUACCAACUCUGCUGUAGGCCAGUCUCCACAGGCCAGCAUCGAAAUGGUUCGCACUGAAAAUAUUGAAAAUUCAGGAUUUGGACAGCCUUUCCUUCUUUCCGGUAAUACCUCUGUUUCACGCCCACGCAAUCCACCAUCGACCAUCAUCGAUUCCGUGCCUUUACCAAACGAAGAUGCUUUGACUACGACAGCUACGUUCGGGACACCAUCUCUUUUACUUGCCAGUAGCGAUACGGCUUCACCUAAGGCAAAGCCUGUAUCCUAUGAUAAAGAAACUGCUACUGACCUUAAGGACUUCCCGAUGGAAGAAGGCAUGGCUGCCCACUUGCUGUCUACGACACCUCCCUCCUCUCUUCCAAUCAGGGAGUUUGACGCCGAAACAGCUAUUCUUGCUUCCGACUCGGACGAGGACAUGGAAGAAAUACCCGUUGACAACGUUGCUCCUGUUAUUCCAUUCACUCCGAUGAACACUAAUUCCACUCCUCCUUCCCAGCCUCAUUAUACGCCUUCGUCGCCGAAUGAAGAGCAAAGUCAAAUGUCCAAGAAAGAUACGGAACGGUUAGUCGAUUCCAGUGAAACGGAAGAAGAGCGGCUUUUUGCGUGGUCCCGAACGCCAUCCCCUAUACGUGAAAAUAACUCACCCCGUCGUCCACCCUCAUCCCCAGUUCAUUGGGAUGCAGCAGAGGAGAUCGACAUCAAUGCAGAACAAGGAGAAUUUGCCCGCUUCAUGUCCCAAGUCAAAGGAAAGAAUAUGGAUGACGUUAGGAAAGAAAUCGACGCAGAAAUUACUGCUCUCGAUCAACAAAGAAAGAAUGCAAUGCGAGAUUCUGAGGAUAUUACACAACAGAUGGUUACUCAGAUCAUGACGAUGCUUCGAUUAUUCGGUAUCCCAUACAUCACAGCACCCAUGGAAGCGGAAGCACAAUGUGCAGAACUUGUUUCUCUGGGACUUGUUGACGGCGUCAUCACCGACGACUCUGAUGUUUUUCUGUUUGGUGCCCAAAGAGUUUACAAGAAUAUGUUCAACCAAUCAAAAACAGUGGAGUGUUUCUUGCUCACCGAUUUGUCGAGAGAGCUUGGGCUCGAUCGCGACACGUUAAUACGAUUGGCAUAUCUUCUUGGAAGCGACUACACGGAAGGCUUGCCAGGUGUUGGUCCUGUAGUGGCCAUGGAACUCCUGAAAGAAUUUCCGGGAAUUUCUGGUUUGCACAAGUUUAAAGAUUGGUGGGCAAAGGUUCAGUCCGGGAAAGACCGAGAAGAAGAUAAUCAAUCCAAAUUUCGAAAGCAAUUUAAAAAGAAAUUUAAAAAUCUGUACCUGCCUGCAGACUGGCCCAACUCUGUCGUGCGGGAUGCGUACUAUCAUCCAACGGUGGAUAGCUCUGAGGAACCCUUCAAGUGGGGCAUGCCAGACCUGGAUGGACUGCGCACAUUUUUUCAUCAAGAACUCGGUUGGAGUCAGGCCAAAGUCGAUGAGCUGAUACUGCCAAUUUUGCAAAAGAUGAAUAAGCGUAACCAGGCAUGUUUCCUUAUUCGAAAUAUUUGUCAAGGAAAUCUGAACGAGUUUCUGGAUAUUGCAGCUGGUAGUGGCACACACGCACCUCGGCAAAGCCGGGCAUAUCAAAGCAAACGUCUUCAGCAGGUUAUUUCAGACUUUAGGAAGCGUCAAAAGAGCGGAUCCGCUCAGCCCUCCUCACGUUCCAAUACACCUUUGCCGGAAGAAAAAAGCGAUGCAUCAGGUAGUGGAGACAAUACCUCCCCACCUUCAAAAAAACGAAGGACAACGGUGAGUAGCAAAGGAAAAGGCAAAUCUAAAUCAACCUCUGCCCGACAAACGAAAGCUGUUUCCUCAAGUAGAAGACAAACAGGAGGUAGUCGACGUGGUGGUGCCCGAGGAUCAAAACGGAAGGAUGCAGAUUCAAGUGGCAGCAGUUCGCCGGGUUAUGUCGAUGAGGCGGAAGAUGCUCCCGCUCCUGUUGAUGACAACGACGCAGCCUUGCGCGAAGUUGCAUUGAAUCUAAGGCCAAGAAUAAGACCACGGCCAAAUCCUGAAGUUGGACACGUUGUCGAGCCACGUUUGGGAUCCACGAAUGUCAAUGACGACCUAUCUAUGUCUAGUUCUGCAGCAGGUUAA